CUGGUCUGCGGAUGCGCUUAUCAUCACGCCCGUCCGCCUCUCCCUCCUCCUCCCCCCCCAGCUCCUGGACCCACAAGGCAGGCACAGGCCCAGAGUCUUACGGCCGUCGUUGCGUAAGAGUUCUCCUCCCUCUUCCCCUGCUGCUUGGUUCCUGCAGUUGUUGUACUCCCCCACCACACAUCGCCGACGUCUGCGCCAUGCCUCCACCUUUGCGCAACUUCAACUUAGCGGGAUCCACGUCUUACGCACGCCUCCUGCGCCUCAUGCGCCUCCACCCAUCCAUCCAUCCAUCCAUCUACGGGAGGUUUAUUUCGGACAUCUUGACGUCGGUUACAUGGCGCUCGCACCACGCCCUAAACUGUCUAGUACCGAGAAGCUCUCUACUCUGCCGUCUGCAGUCUGUACUUCCCGAGACUACCUUCACCGGAGGUAUCGCCUGCCGUGCUACGCCCACCCGCCGUAAAUACACCCAACAACCGUCGUCUCUGACUAUAUGUUUCGUUGUGCCCCAGUAGCACCCGCUCAUCUCCACUUGUCUUGCCGACAAUAUACUGUACAUGCGUAUGCAUGUCCAAGGCCAUUGAGCAACCAAACAAAUGCCGUGAGCUGCAGGGCCAUGCUGCUGGUCAAGUCCAACAAGCGCAAACUUCUCCCGGCCUGCCUCCUCUGCGCUUUGCUGAUCCCUCUUUUCUCAACCGUGGCCCCCAAUGCUAGAACCCUGUUUCUGUACCUGCAGGCCGCGCUAGCCCUUCUUGUCAAACUGCAUAAGGUGAGCCCUAACUCCCAUACCCCCACCCGGACUCAGACCGCCGAUCCUAGCAUUGUGCAACAGCAACCGAAUAGCAUACUGUGUGCGUGCUAGUAGUGAAGAGCCUGU